CUCAUGUUUACGUGGAAAACAUGGCGGCGGAAUACCAACAACGAGACUGCACUUAUUAAACGCGACUCGUAGCGAGUAGAAGACGCAUAUACAACCGUUAGUUUUGAGAUUUUCCUGGCCGAUAUUUGCAUGAAGCAGCUUCCCUCUUGUUUCAGCCACAGGAACCCCGGCGAUGGACGAGGAGAGGCAAAAGAAGCUGGAGGCCGGCAAAGCAAAGUUGGCUGAGUAUCGCCAGAGAAAAGCUCACGCGGACUCCCAGAAGAAACAGAAAAAGAAGAAAAAAAAGAAGCCCGGAGAGGACUCUGAGGGGGAUCCACAGGGAGCGGUGGAGGUCGAGGACGAGGUCUCAGGUGGAGGACAAUAUGGAUCACAAGAAGGAAAUAAAGAUCCACCCACCACGGAGUUCACCUUUGCCAGGACACUGCGGAGCGGAGACACCAUCAAACAUGACCAGACGUACACCAUAGAGCCGGAGAGUGAAAUGUCCACGACUGCUGAAGAUUAUUCGUCAGAGGUGAAUGGGUGCCAUGAUGAGAUGACAGAGAACGUAAUGAUGCCUUCAAAGGAUUUGAUCUGGGAGGAGGUGGAGUCCCUGCAACAGGUGACCAAAGGAGGAAGGAUGGAGGACGCUCUAGCCGCCAAGACCCAGGCAGUGGAGGAGCUGAGUCGAGAGCUUGAAGAAAUCCGAGCUGUCUUUGGCACAGAGGGAGUCCACCAGCUGCAGGACUUUGAGGCUGCUCUGAAGCAGCGAGAUGGCAUCAUCACCCAGCUCACGACUAAUCUUCAGCAGGCUCGUGAUGAGAAAGACGAAAUCAUGAAAGAAUUCCUGGAACUUACAGAGCAAAGCCAAAACCUGCAUAUUCAGUUCCAGCAGCUCCAGGCGGGCGAGACGCUGAGGAACACCAGCCACAGCAGCGCAGCCGCUGAUCUUCUGCAGGCCAGGCAGCAGCUCCUGCAGUACCAGCCGCAGCUAGAGGAGCUCCAGCUCCAGCUCAGCCAGAUGGAAGUGUCACUACGCCGGUCAGAAGAAUCGUUCGCACAGAGGAUUAACGAAAAGGACCUGCUAAUUGGUGAACAAGAAAAACGUAUUUCGAGCCAGAAGCAGUUGUUGGCAGAGUUGAGGACGGCGGAGCAGUCUUUUGCACAAACGCUGAAAGAUAAAAAUCACUUCAUUUCGGAGCAAACCGCAAUAAUCACAGAGCACGAGCUGUCGCUCACGCUGCUCAGAGAGGAACUUGCUCAUGUGGGGCGGACUACUGACGAGAAUAUUAUAAACCCAUCAGAUGAGAAAGACUUGAUUAUAGCGGAGCAAGAGAGAGUCAUUUCAGAACGUGACUGCUCUCUCACCCAGCUGGAGGAUGAGCUGGAGUCUUCUGAAAGACGCUUGCGUGACCUCCAACGGCAAAUGGCUGCAAAGGACUCAGAGCUUGAAAGCUGCAUGGAGGAUUUGGAGAGUAAAAGGUCUGAUUUGGAAAGCCGUAAAGGUGAAAUAGAGAGCUUUACGUUGGCAUUGGAGGAAGCGCGAGCGGAGUUAGAAAGCUGUAAGGGGGAACUUUCCGCCUCCCGACACAAAGAGCGAAUGUCCUCCAACGAAAUCAUGCAGCUCAUGGGUACCGUGGAGGACCUGCAGAAGCGUUGCCACCAGGGCAGCCUGUCCGAGGGUGACACCAUCCAGCAGAUGCAGGGAGAGACUUUGAGGAGGCUCGAACUUCUCAGGGCAGAGCUGGAUGAGAUGUACGGCCAGCAAAUAGUCCAGAUGAAACGGGAGGUUAAUUUGCAGCACGCAGCGAAAGUGGAGCAGAUGACCGAGCAACAUCGCGCAGAGCUUGAGCUUCUGAAGGCACAGCAACUGUCUCAAAGCUCCACGGUUUGUGUUGAGGUGGACACACUCAAUGCAAAGAUCAGGGAACUUCAAGAGACAUUAGAGCAGUCCCAAGCAAUGCAGCAUAGAGCCAGACAGGAGCUUAGCCAACUUGCCCAAGAGAAGGUUGACCUGCAGGCCAAGGUUGAGGAUCUCCUCGAAGAUCUCCGUUCCGCUAAAGAGAAAGUGGAGCAGGUCUCCCACAGCCUCGUCUCCCAGGAAAGCCAACAGGUUGAACUGAGGCGCCUCCAAGAGGCCACUGACAAUCUAAAGAGCGAGCUCGCUGCCGCUCAGAAGGCGGCACAAGAAGCGGAGGUGCAACACGACUCCGAAACCACCAACUACAAGAUCAAGCUGGAGAUGCUGGAGAGGGAGAAAGAUGCCGUGCUCGACCGCAUGGCGCAGUCUCAGGAAGCAGAGCUGGACCGACUGAGGACUCUGCUUCUGUUCAGUCAUGAGGAAGAGCUCACUCUUCUUAGGGAAGACCUGCAAAGGGAGAACUUCCUCAACACAGAGAACCUCCUGAAUGAAGCCGCUAUCAAACACGAGAAGGCGUCGGCGACGCUGCGCAGCGCUUAUGAGGAUGAGCUGCAUUUGUUACGAAGAGAAAAAGCCGAGUUUGCCACCGAGCGAGAUGAGCUUUUUCACCAAAUCGUUGGACUCAAGGAAGAUCUGAAGCUGGCUUUGCACAGCUCCAAAGCAGAUGAGCUUGUCCAGCAGCUUCAGGAGCUCCAGGUAGAGCUCGAUGAACUGCGAAAGGGAGGAGGAGAACGAGCUCGAAUGGAAAGGGAAAUUCAGUCAUUGCAUAAAAAUGCAGAGAUGCUUGACAGCCAGACUAAAGAGAGAGAACUAUGUUGGGAGAGCAAACGGAAACAGCACCAAUUGGAAAAAGAGGCAUUGAUAGAAUCUAAUAAGGCUUUGAAAGAAGAGUUGAACUCAAAAGUCCUGAAAAUUGAGUCACUCGUUGCAGAGAACAAUAAAAUACAGCAACGAGUAGUCAGGCUCGGUGAGGAAAUUGAAACGCAGAGGAGCACUUUCUCCUUCGCCGAGAAGAAUUUUGAGGUAAACUACCAAGAGCUGAAGGAAGAGUACAAAUGUCUUAUUGAAGCAAAGACGCAGUUAGAGGAAAGGACACUGAAGGAGACACUUGAGUUUGAGGCGAAGAUUGCCAGUCUUCAGUCACAGGUUCGGGCGCUGGAGGAGAGCGGCGGAGAUCUCAAAAUGGAGGAUGUGAGUACAGACGGACGGGAACAAGCCGUGAUCGAAAAAGAUACCACCGAGCUAAUGGAGAAGCUGAAUGUCUCGUUGAGCGAGAACGAACGCCUGGCUGAGAGGCUCUCCGAGGCUACAGACCGCCUGAUGUUUACUGAGAGCAAAGUUGGGCGGCUGGAAGAAGAGCUGGCGAGAGCGAGACAAGCCAACGUGGAGGUUGCCCCGCAAAGUCAAAGCCCUGGGAAAGAACUCCAGGAGGAGCAAGACACUAUCAGGGAGCAGACAUUUGGGGAGGACGCCCAGAGAAAAGCCAAGUCCCAGCCAGAAGAGCGAGCCGGUGAACCGGUUUGCCCCUCUGACGACCAUCACCUUCAGAUUCAAGCCCUGCAGGAGGAGAUAAAGGCUCUUCGGUCCCUCCUAUGGGCAGCCGAGCCCGAGAGAGACGCCACCCGGCAGACCUCGGAGCUCCACGGACCUCGGCAGACUCCGUCCGCCGCGGCCGCGGGGGAGGAGGAACCUGUUGAUGGACGAUCACCCCCCCACAAGCCCACAGACCCAGGGUCAAGUAGGAACAGGAGACGGCGGAGGUCAAAGCAGGAGCGCAAACUGGGCAGCGCCUUUUCAGACUGCAGAGAGGAAAAACAAAGGGAGGAGGCAGUGGGGGAGGAAGAGAGCGCAACAAGUGCUGCAGAACCGGAGAUGCAGCCGCAGAUGGAGAGGCAGGUUAUGUCAUGUUCGCAGGAGAGGGCCAGCGAGGAGGACUCCACUGACGGACACCAGGGGGACAGAGACUUAGUCCACGGACAGGUGAGCAGCCAUGGGACGGACCACAGCGCCGAGCCCGUUGUGUGCCAGGGAGCUGGAGGAGAGACCUCUGAGCAUGGUGAGUGCAGGUUGCAGUUCGAGGCCCAACGCAUCAGCCUGUCUCAGAUGCACGCCGCCCAACUUGAGCUGCUGCAGGAGGGUUCGGACGCCCGCGCUCACAUCCUGGAGCUGAAGCUGCAGAGCUGGAAAGAUCGCGGUGAGCAAGAUGAUCCAAAAACUUUCAAACGCCACAACUUGUUAAAAGCUGUCUCAGAAGAAUGCAACGAGAUCAUCCAGUCUUUUCAAAGGAUGUUUGGUAAACAGUUUUUGGAGAGUGUUGGUGCAGAGGACCAGCCGCCCCCUUCAGUAGAAAGACCCGACACUAGUGAAUCCAGCUCCAUCAUCCUGGAGGCCAGAGAGCUCUGCAGAGAUCUUCAGCAGGCGAGGGAGAGGAUUGAAAAGGAACAUUAUCGACUGACGCUGCUCCAGACCCAGCUGAGAGCUGAUGGGAACAAGAUGACGCAGCUGCAGUCGGCAUAUGACGAUCUGAAGAGCAGCAGUGAGAAGCAGAACUCUGACCUCCAAGUUUCUAGCUCAAGUCCCUCUACAAGUAAAGAUCCAACGAUCUCCCUCCCCGAGGAAUUUCAGCGGCUUAAGGUGGAGGAGCAGGAGAAGCAGCUCCAGCUGGAAGAGAGUCACAGACAAGAGAUGGAGCGUCUCCGAGCUCACUACCAGCAGCAGGCCACUGAGAGCGAGGAGCGCUACGCCACCGAGCUCUUCAUGCUGCAGCAGCGGCUGCAGGAGUUGGCAGGCGCUCAGACCCAUGACAGGGCUCCAGAGUCCAGCUCUGAGGGGAUGGAGGAGUACGGAGAGGAACUAAAGGCGCUGGGUGAGGAGGAGCUGUCAGAGGGAGGGGUGGAGGUGCGCUGGCCCGUCAGGUCCGAGGGUCUGACGGCACAGCUGCAGGCACUGAGGAAGGCCCUCUUCCACAAGUAUGUCCAGGAAGUAGCUGUUCUCAAAGAGCAGCACAAGCGCGAGCUGAGGCAACUGACAGAGGAAAAGGAGCAGGGGAGGAGAACAGAGGAGCGCCCGGAGGAGAAGGGAGAGAGAGGGCAGCAUCUCGACAGCAUUAACUGGGCAAGAAGCUCCGGCUCCAGUCCCGGGGCGGCUGGGCCAAUCGGGCUGGAAGACACGCAACACUGGGAGAGAGUGCAGGAGGAAGUUGCCAAGGCCAUAGUUCAGAUGUCCGUGGAGUUUGCACAGCAGAUUGAGCUGGCUCGAAUCAACAAGAGUGCCGGCCAGAGGAGCGCCGCUAUGCAGACCGGGUCAGAUAAAGAGGAGGUGGAGGACAGGGAGCGGAUGACUCCCAGAGCUUCUCUCCCUUCGGGCGCCCGGCUGGAGGAGGUGGAGAAGGAGAGGCUGGAGAGGGAGCUGGAGCAGAGGAACGCCGAGAUCAGAAAGUUGAAAGAGGAGUUGCAGAAAACCGAAUCAAGAGCCGAGCAGGCCUUAAAGAGGAGAGAAGACAGUCAGGAGGAAUUGGAGGAGGAGGAGGAUCGAGGCGGAGAGAAGGCCGGUGGAGGCAAACUGCCAUCAGAGGAUGUUGGAGGUUCCUCCGCUAAGGACGUUGAAAGAGAUGUUUUGCGUAACGCCAACGAGAAACUCAGUCAAGUGCUGGUCGACGUCCUGAAGACAACAGCGGCAGCAGAGGAAACAAUGGGCCUCCACAUGCAAAGUUUGCGUGACGCUUUCAGUGGAGCACAGCAGGCUGCACCGCCCGAAUCCACCACGCCGACAGCAACCCGGCCGAGAGCUACGACCGGGCCCGCCAGAUCUCAUGCUGCAGGUCUCUCUGCAGAAAGCUGUCAGGGCAGUGAGACAGCCGCAGACCAUGUGAGUCUGUGGUCCGGGGACACUGAUGACGGUCAGCAGAUGAUGGAGAGGCUGCUGCUGUGUAACGAGGAAUAUCUGAUGGGAAUCAGCAGGCGGCUCCAAACGGCUUUGGAGAAGAUGUUGAUGGCCAUCACAGACACCACCAACCAGCUCGAACAUGCCCGGCUGACCCAGACCGAGCUCAUGCGGGAGUCCUUCCGCCACAACCAGGAGAUGAGCGAGCUGCUGCAGAAGCAGGAGGAGCUGCAGGAGCGGUUGUCGGAGGAGGCCCGCGCACGCGAGCAGCUGGCUCUGGAACUUCACCACGCCGAGGAUCUAAUCGAUGGCUACACGGGUGAACGAGCCGGAUUGGAGGAGCAGUUGCGUCAGAAGGAAGAGCUCCAGCUGAGCCUCGAGCAAGAGCUGCAGGUGACCGGCAGCCGUCUACACGAGUUGGAGCAGGAGAGGCUUCAAAUGCAAGACGAGCGGGAUCUGCUGUCACGGCAACAAGACGCCAUGAGGGAGCACGCCGGGCCCCGUGAGCUCCGCCUAGUUGAAGCUGCAAUGGUUGCAGCACCUGAAGCAGACCUCCUGGAGGAAACGGAGAAGCUGAUGAAAGAGAAAGUGGAUGUCCAGCGUCAGGCGGAGAAGGAGAAUGCCGACCUCCUGAAGCAGGUGAAGCUGCUGGAGGCGGAGCUGGAGGAGCAGGUCAACAGGGUGAUCGAGCUGGAGAACGCUCAGAGCACGGAGAGCGGAGACCUCCGUCAGCAGGUCCAGGCUCUGGAGAAGCAGCUGGACAAGAACCGGAGGUUCCUCGACGAGCAAGCCGUGGACCGAGAACACGAGAGGGACGUCUUCCAGCAGGAGAUCCAGAAACUGGAAGAACAGCUGAGGAAUCCUCAGAAGCUCCAGGCCGGCUCAGAGCAGAGGAACAAAGAGGUGGACCAGCUGACCUCGCAGCUGAAGGAGAAGGCGGAUUGGUGCAGUGAGCUGCUGCUCAGCUCAGAGCAGCAGCGCCGUGAGGUGGGAGAGCGCGACGAAGAGAUUGACAAGCUGGAGAGCCGCAUCCGCGAGCUGGAGCAGGCCCUGCUGGCCAGCGCUGACUCCCUGGAGAAGAAGCAGCAUGCAUCCACCACAGAGGCCAAACACGCCACACUGGAGGCUCAAUUGCAAACUGAGAGAGAAGCUUUGGAGCGGAAAGAGAAAGAGAUCUGUAACCUGGAAGAGCAGCUGGAGCAGUUCAGAGAGGAGCUGGAGAACAAGGGCGAGGAGGUGCAGCAGCUUCACAUGCAGCUGGAGAUCCAGAGGAAGGAGAUCAGCAGCCAGCAGCAGUAUCUAGAAACAAAGGAUAGCAUGCUUCAGGUGAUGGAGGAGAAGGACAGGGAAAUAGCCCUUCUUAAUGAACAGAUCACUAAGCUCCAACACACGGGAACCUCCUCUGAUAACAAGGAAAUUGAUGAAAGGGAUGAGCUGAUUAAAGACUUCGAGUCCCAGGUGGAGUGCCUGCGCAGUGAACAAGAGCGGUUGAAGAGGAAUAGUGAGGAGGAGCUUGACCAACUGAAUGCAGUCAUCGACAGACUUCAGCAGGAGCUGGCCAAUAUCGAGCAAAAGCCGGCCGCGGAGGAGGACGAGGACGCCAAGGAAGAGAGCGCCGUAGGGGCGCCGAGUAAAGAGGAAUACGAUGAAAUGAAGCAGAGAAUGGACAUGGCCACCGGAGAGAUCAAUACUCUCAAGACGAAGCACACCGCACUGUUGGAGACAUACCUGCGCCUGAAGGAGAGCGCCGAAGCUUUAGCUGAAACGGAGAGCGCCGAGAGCGAACUUGAAGAUGCCCUCAGGGAGAAAACUGCAGGCCUGGUGGUCAUGCAGGCCCAAGUUCAAGCCUUAGAGCAGAGUGCAACGUCCAAAGUGGAGGAGUUGGACCUGCGCAUCCGGCAGCUCGAGGUCGAGGUGGGUGAAAAGGACAGCGAGUUGAGCCGCUGUCUCCUCCUCCUGGAGCAGACACGAAGCCAUGCAGCUGAUCUCCAACAGAGGGUCUCUAAUCUGGAGGAAAAUCUGCGGGAGAACCUGGAUGCAGCGCUCGUCAACCAGGCCCCGCCGGAGGCCUUCCAGCAACAGCAGUCCAAAGAGUCCGAAGGAAACCAGGACCUGCAGAGCCGCGCUGAGCCCGAUGUGCAGUCGGAUAUCUUUGACUUUGGUAUUCCCCAGAUGGAUUUCAGUGGAAUUGGUCAAACGAGACAAGCUCCCAAAGGGAAGGUGGUCCAUCUGACCCAGAGGCUUCGGGAGCUGGAGGUGGGACUCAGCGGGAUUCAGAAAGAUCAGGAGCUCCAGAAGCAGCUGCUCUCCAGCUCGGAGGAGGAGGUGCUGGAGUACGAGAGGAGGCUGUCCGUGCUCAUGGAUCUGCUCGGUCAGAUGAAGGCCGGGCCUCCCCAGAAGACUCCCCCGACUGUGGGGGCGCCUCCUGCUGCUGAGCCGCCGGCUGCUACGUCGGAGCUUCUUCAGGAGUUGCAGGAGGUCAAAGAUGAAGUUUCGGCCACCAAAGAGCAGCUCGACUGCUACAAACAGAGCUGCAGCAAACUACAGGAGGAGCUCCAAGAGAAAACCGCUACAAUGGAGCGACUAAAGGGACAACUUCAAAAGGUAUCAUCUGGUGCCUGUGAGGAGAGCAAAGUUUCUGAGCUUCAACAGGAGUUGAAGGAGGCUCAAAAUGAGGCCGCUUGCACCAAAGAGGAGCUGAACAGCUGCAAGGAGAGCCUGGAGAAGCUACAGGAGCUCCUGCAGGAGCGGGAGAUUACCAUCUCUCGCCUUAAAGGAGAACAUGUUCAAAUACAAGCAGAUGAAAGCAGAACCAACAUGGCCGAGCUUCUCCAGGAGGCGGCUUCCACCAAAGAGGAGCUCAACACCUACAAGCAGCAUAACAAGAAACUUCUGGAAGACCUCCAAUUCCGUGAUGUCUCCAUUUCUAAACUCAAAGAGGAGCUCCAGGAGAUGAGAGGGAAUGUAGAUACCACCAAACAUGAGCUCCAGCUCUUCAGGCAGCACAAUGAGAAACUCCAGAGUGAACUACACGACCGUGAGCUCUCCAUCACUAAGCUCGGAGAGGAGCUCCAGGAGGUACGAGCAGCCUCGACGAAGACUGCGGAUUCUUGUCCUCCGUCUUCCUCUCCCUCUCCCGCUCCCUCUCCCUCUCCUCAGCCGGUCCCGUCUGCUUCCUCCUCCUCCGCCACGCAGCCUAAAAGGAAAGGAGGGAAACAGCCGGCUGGCAAAGGGAUCGGCGCCAAAGAUAAACCGUCUGUCUCCAAGAAGAACUCUGCCCCUUCCCUGCCGUCCUCAAGCAAAUCCCACAGCUCUCGACUAAACAGCAGCUCCACGCAGCAGCACGUGACACACUCGUUCGCGCAGACGGAACCGCUCCAAAUGUCCGACCUGGACCCGGAGAGCGAGAGCGCAAACAGAGACGAGAUCGAGGAGGUGAUCGGAGAGUUCGAGGAGAAGAUUGUACAAAUGCAGGAGCUUCACGCGGCGGAAAUCCUGGACAUGGAGGCUCGGCACAUCUCAGAGAGCGAGAGCCUCCGGAGGGACACACAGGCUCUGGAGGACGAGUGCAAGGCCCUCAAAGCGGUCAUCGACAAGCUGCGCUCCACGCAGCCCCCUUCAUCAAGACAAGACCGUCCUACAUCACUGUUCAAGGAUGGCUACACAAGUGACAGCAGCUCAGACUACAGCCAGCGGACCGGGUUUGACUUCCCCAGCUUGCAGCAGGAGUUCCGGUCGACUCCAGAGGGCGCCAGGAGAGAGACGGACGAUCCGCUGCCCGACUGCAUCAAGACCUUGCUGCGGGAGGUGCACCAGGAGGGCAUGCAGGUGCUCUCUCUGUCCGAGCUCCCGCUCGCUGAGGGCGAGUCGGGCAGCCAGUUCGACGCCCCGGGCUGGCUGAAGGAAAGAGACGCCCUGCUGGCCACUGUGGAGUCUCUCAAAGGCCUCAUCACCCAAAUGCAGACACACAGAGAAACACAGACGUCUGGCGGCGUGGACUGGCGUGCGGAGCUGCUGGAUGCAGUGCGGCAGGUGUUCACGAGGGAGCGGAGCGUGCUGAAGAGCGCCCUCUACAGCCAGUUGGACCUGCUGGACAUCAGCGACGCCAUCGUCCACCUCAACCAGCUGGAGCGCCGACUGGCUGAACAGGACACCCAGCACAGGGAGGCGAUCGGGUCGCUCCACACUGCGGACCGCUCCAGUCUCAUCUCUGAGAUUCAUCAGCUCCGAGGUCAACUGGAGCGACUUCAUCAAGCUGCUCUCCCUGUUGCGUCAGCGAGUCGUGAACGUAGCGUGAAGAAGCAGGGAGGAGGAGCUGAUGGAGCAGCGGAGGCCGACAUGCUGCUAGUGGAGGGGCUGAAGAGUGAACUGUCCCAGACUCGACUGGAGCUGGAGACGACGCUCACGGCUCAGCACAAACACCUCAAAGAGCUUGACACACUCAGGGCAGAAGCAUCUCAGAAGGCUGCUGAGGUGGACGCACUGAACGACCGGCUGACUGAAGAGAGGAAGAAGAGCAGAGAUCUUCAGUGGGCAAUGGAGAAGGAGAGAUGUCGAACUGGGAACGACGAAGAGAGUAAACGAGAAGAACUGGAGGACCUUAACUUCAGCCUGGAGGAGCAGAAGAGCCACGUGGCCCAGCUGACCCUAACCCUGGAACAGGAGCGCCAGGUCUCGUCUCGGCUCUCCCGGCAGGCCGAGCAGGAGCGCCUCAGCCUCCACAGUCGCCUCAAGGAGUUCCAGGUCCAGCUGGAGACGGAGCGCGCCAAGGCCCUGGAGAUGGGCAGCGCGCUGGGGAGGGAGCGGGAGCUGCGGACGGGCGCGUCCUCAGACGGCGGCCCGUCCAGUGAGCAGCGGGUUGAUGAGGACAGGAGGGAGCUAGACAAGGAAGAGAGUCUGCUGGCAAGACUACAGAGGCAGCUGGAUGACAAACAUGCACAGGUGGUGCACCUUCUCGGUCAAGUGGAGGCUCAGAAGCUCGAGGUGGUCAGGAAAGAGGAGGAGCUGACUCUGGGGAGUCAGAGGUCGACACAGGACCAGGAGGCGCUGCUGGAGGCUCGGGCCAAGCUGGAGAGGCUGGUGGCACAAAUGUCUGAGGUCCAGGAGCAGCUGGAGAGAGAGACAGGGAGGAGGAAGCGUCUAGAAGGAGAGAAGGAGAGACUGGAGGAGAGGUUGAACCAGUUGGCGGAGCAGAAAGAAGGAGGGGAGCAGGCCGCCGUGCACAGCGAGCCCACCAGCCGCACCGAAGACUGGGUGUUUCAGCAGAAGAGUGGAAAUGUCCAGUCAGCAAGCUCCACCACCUCACCUCAGCUGGAGGCCUCUCCAACAGGUCGCACCAGCGGCCCCCAGCACGGCCCGCAGCACGGCCCUCAGCACGGCCCUUGGCGCACGGUCGACAAGAUCCUGGAUAAACUCCACCUCGUUUCCGCCAAGAUCUGCGGCAUGGCCAACGAGAACACGGGGAGGCUGACUGCAGAGGUCGACAGUGAAGAGUUAUCGUGGUUGCAGUCCAAAGUGAACGAGGUCAUCACCAUGCUGCAGCAAUCCCCAGUUCUACCCUCCGUCCCCGAGCAGAGUGUUUCCCUGCUGCCGGGCGGCUCCUCCACCAGCUCCUCCAACACCCUGACGGAGCGGCUGCUGAGGCAGAACGCCGAGCUGACCGGAUUCGUCAGCCGUCUCACCGAAGAGAAGAACGACCUGAGGAACCACACGCUGCGCUUGGAGGAGGAGCUCCGGCGCUACCGGCACGCUGGACCCGGCUCAGCCGACCGCUUCAGCACCAGGAGAGGAGUGUCGAAGGCGGACUCGUCGGGUUUGGUACUUUCCGAGGAGCGGGAGGCUUGGACGAGAGAGAAGGUCCGUCUGGAGAAAGCUCUUCUUCUGGCCCAGGCACAGGUGGCCCGGCUCCGAGGGGAGAUCAGGGCCGACAACCUGCGGGAGAUGACGGGACCCGAGGCCGACAACGCUGCACUGAAGAGGAUGUACGGGAAGUACCUUCGGGCGGAAAGCUUCCGCAAAGCUCUGAUCUACCAGAAGAAGUAUUUGCUGUUGCUGCUGGGCGGCUUCCAGGAGUGCGAGGAAGCCACGCUGUCGCUCCUCACCAGGAUGGCAGGCCGGCCCGCGCUCCCCGUCGGGGAGGAGUCCCCCAUCCAGCGCCGCCGGGGGCUGACGCGCUUCCGCUCUGCCGUCCGGGUCUCCAUCGCCAUCUCCAGAAUGCGUUUCCUGGUGAAGCGGUGGCACAAAGCGACGGGGAUGAGCUCCUCAACCUCCUGUGGCGUUAACAAGAACGGAGCAGGAGAGAUUUCAGAGGUGAGAGGCUCGCCGUAUCUUCACCCGGGCAGCGUGGACACGUACAGAGAACGUGGAAGUGGAGGAGGAGUCUCGACCGGCAGGGGGAGAAGUGGACGUGAAUCCCCCAGAUCGGCCGUCUCCUCCACACAACACAGGUUUCACACGGCCGGAGACCACGGAGCUCUCACCUGUUCCCACCUGCAGAGCUACGACCCCGACCGCGCGCUCACCGACUACAUCUCCAGGCUGGAGGCGCUGCAGAGGAGGCUGGGCGGGGUGACGUCAGGUAGACCUUUCUGCAGUUAGUGAACCUUCAUAAGUGACGGUUAUACACUAAAGGUGCUUCUUCGUAUGCUCAAUUGCACUUUGGCUUGAGGAGAUAGACGCCGUCAUGUUACUUUGGCUUGAAGAAACUCAGUUGCCUUUUCUCGUGCUGAGCGCUCUGCUGUUUUCUAUCAUUCUGGUGUGGACUGUAUCUCUCCAUGUGGACCAAAACACAUUUUUAUAUUAGUGUACGACAUGUUGUAUUCAGGCUUUUUGUCGCCAGCACUUGAAAAACAGCAAUGUAUGUAAAGGAAUCUGCCUCGUUGUUGUGGAUGAACUGCAAUCUAUGUUGUCUAAUGCUAAUUUAAGACCUGGUGAUUAAUUUAUAUGUUUGUGUGUGUGGGUGGAGCGUUAUGUAAAGAAUGUUUGGGUUUAUUGUUAAGGAGGCUGCUGCUGGAUAUUCUACACUACACUGUGUUUGGUUUAGGCCUGACGGACUACGGAGAACAUUUGUAGAGAACGUAUUUUUAUAAAGCGUAGGAGCUUUAAACUUUUGGGGUAUUUUGUCAAAAACUGAAAUAAAGAGGACUACAUUAUGAAA